ACUUCAGCUUUUCUUUUUUCGUCAGGGUCUCCAUUUCGCUCUUCGUCUCCACUUCGCAGUGAGAUCUCUGGAAAGCGGGAUUCCGCAGUUUCAAUCUUAUCGGCGAAUUUUCUCCGGCAGAGUUCAUCGAGUCAACAUGAGUCGUCCGAUGGAAGAGGAUACCAACGGAAAGAACGAGGAGGAGGAAUUCAACACUGGACCACUCUCUGUUCUGAUGAUGAGCGUUAAAAACAACACCCAGGUGUUAAUCAACUGCCGGAACAACAGGAAACUUCUUGGGCGAGUAAGGGCGUUUGACAGACAUUGCAACAUGGUUCUUGAGAAUGUCAGAGAAAUGUGGACUGAGGUUCCAAAGACAGGAAAAGGAAAGAAGAAGGCCCUUCCUGUCAACAGGGAUAGGUUCAUCAGCAAGAUGUUUCUCCGAGGAGACUCUGUGAUUAUUGUUCUCCGGAAUCCCAAGUAAAAGGCUAAGAGGUCAACACCUUUAUGGUUUUCACGGCAUGAGCUUCUGUAGGUAAGUGUGCUAAAUCGAGAAUUCUGUGUGACCGCAAAUGUUUUCAGACCCAGAAAUUGUCUAAGAGUGAGUUUCUGUUCUCGUGGAGUUUCAUUAA